AGUUCAGGGUCUAGGGCGGCGCGUCACUUCCGGUAGCGCGGAGCUUGUAAAACACCCUGGAGAGAAAAUGGCGGCGGCAGCGGCUUCGUCGCCCCAGCAGCUCUCAGAUGAGGAGCUUUUCUCUCAGCUCCGCCGUUACGGCCUGUCUCCUGGCCCAGUGACAGAGAGCACCCGCCCGGUCUAUCUCAAGAAGCUGAAGAAGCUUCGGGAGGAAGAACAGCAGCAGCACGUGACUAACAGCCACUCAGCGGAGCGGAGGAAGCCCCACUCCUGGUGGGGGUCCAGGAGAUCCGAGGGCCCGGAGCUACAGAUCCCGUCGGGGAAAGAUAGGGCGGCUGAGGACGAGGAGGAGGAGGGAGACGAAGGGGAGGACGCAGACCCCGAGGCAGAGGAGCCGCUGUGGGCGAGCCGAGCAGUGAACGGCAGCCGGCUUCUUCCUUACAGCUGCAGAGAAAACUAUUCGGACUCGGAGGAAGAGGAGGAUGACGACGUGGCCUCCACCAGACAGGUACAAAAGGAUGACUCCCUUUCCCGGCAUCGGCCCAGACGCAGCCAUAGUAAGGCUGCCUCCCCUUUGACUGCUAAAUCUGCCGGCAGCCGGCUGGAGACCUCAGUUCAAGGAGGGGGAGGACUUGCGAUGAAUGACAGGGCGGCGGCUGCAGGGAGUCUAGACUGGAGUCGGAACCUCGAAGAGGCAGCGGCGGAGCAAGGAGGUGGGUGCGAUCAAGUGGACUCCAGCCCCAUUCCUAGAUACCGUGUUAGCUCAAAGAAACUGGCCCCCCUCCUGACCCCGCCGCUUCCCGACUUGGACUCAACCUUGGAUUCGUCUACAGGCUCCCUUCUUAAAAGUAACAAUCACAUCGGCGGCGGCGGGGCCUUCGGUGUGGACUCCCCCAGGACUUAUUCCAACAGCCUCCCUCCCAGUGCUGGAGCCGCCCCUAGUGCACUCAGGAUCAAUCACGCCAACCAUACGGGCUCCAAUCAUACCUACCUGAAAAACACAUAUAACAAACAGAAACUUUCCGAACCAGAGGAGGAACUUCUCCAGCAGUUUAAACGGGAGGAGGUUUCCCUACCAGGAAGUUUCAGUGCACACUACUUGUCCAUGGUUCUCCUAACUGCUGCCUGCUUAUUUUUCCUAAUACUGGGACUGACUUACCUAGGGAUGAGAGGGACAGGAGUAUCCGAGGAUGGAGGACUCAUAAAAAACUCAUUUGAUGAAACAUUUGGAAAAAUACAAGAAAGUGAGAAGAAUCUUAUGUUGAGCACAUUAUAUAAACUUCAUGAUCGAUUGGCACAGCUUGCAGGAGAUCAUGAAUGUGGAAGUUCUAGUCAGAGAACACUUUCUGUUCAAGAGGCAGCUGCAUAUUUAAAAGAUUUAGGUCCCGAAUAUGAAGAUGUAUUUAACACCUCAUUGCAAUGGAUUUUAGAAAAUGGGAAAGAUGUUGGAAUAAGGUGUGUUGGUUAUGGCCCUCAGGAAGAAUUGAGAAAUAUAACUGAUGUGCAGUUUUUACAAUCCACAAGACCACAGAUGUCAUUCUGGUGUCGUUUUCGACGUGCUUUUAUUACUGUAACCCACAGAUUAUUGUUGUUAUGUUUAGGUGUAGUGAUGGUUUGUGUCGUUCUCCGUUACAUGAAAUAUCGUUGGACAAAAGAAGAGGAGGAAACAAGGCAGAUGUACGAUAUGGUAGUAAAGAUUAUAGAUGUUUUACGAAGUCAUAAUGAAGCUUGCCAGGAAAAUAAAGAUUUGCAACCUUACAUGCCUAUUCCACAUGUGCGAGACUCCUUAAUACAGCCUCAUGACAGGAAAAAAAUGAAGAAAGUCUGGGAUAGAGCUGUUGACUUCCUUGCCGCCAACGAGUCUAGAGUUCGCACGGAAACAAGAAGAAUAGGUGGUGCAGAUUUUCUAGUUUGGAGGUGGAUCCAGCCCUCUGCAUCCUGUGAUAAAAUAUUAGUAAUACCUUCUAAAGUAUGGCAAGGUCAAGCAUUUCAUUUAGAUAGAAGAAAUUCACCACCAAAUAGUUUGACACCAUGUUUAAAGAUUCGAAAUAUGUUUGAUCCAGUUAUGGAAAUAGGGGAUCAGUGGCAUUUGGCAAUUCAAGAAGCAAUUUUAGAAAAAUGCAAUGAUAAUGAUGGCAUCGUACACAUUGCAGUAGACAAAAAUUCACGUGAGGGUUGUGUAUAUGUUAAAUGUCUGUCUCCAGAAUAUGCUGGAAAGGCUUUUAAGGCAUUACAUGGCUCUUGGUUUGAUGGGAAAUUGGUUACAGUAAAAUAUUUACGACUAGAUAGAUAUCACCAUCGCUUUCCCCAAGCUCUUACUUGCAACACUCCUUUGAAGCCAUCAAAUAAACAUAUGAACUCCAUGUCUCAUCUUCGGCUUCGGACUGGCCUAGCCAAUUCUCAUGGAAGUUCCUGAAAAGACAUUCUUCACUCCUAGAACAAUAGGAAAAGUCCUGUUUGGCUUUCUGUCUUCCUUUCCAAAUGCUUUUUUUAUGUCAUAUUUUUAUUGCUGAAUACAGCUCUGUUUAAAAGUUUCAGAAAUCUUAAGGUUCCAAAGGGAUUUAACAGUAAGCCAGCAAUACUAAGUAGGUAGAAUAAUUGUUUCAUUCAGUUUUUGAAGCUCCGUUAAGCUAAUGCAUUUAAAGUUUUGCAUGAGGAUCAUUGACUUUAUACACAUUUUCAGAUGUAGUUGUUAUAUUUUGCACCAAGAAGUGCUUGGAUAACCACACAAAAGCAUGGUGAAGAGACUUGUAUUUCCAUAAUUUCUUGUGAGCUAAUGUGAAUUUUUAUAUACAGUCACCUGCAUAGUUCCUUACAGGCUAAUGUGGUUAACUGUUACUUGCCAACCUAACCUUAGGUUUCUAUUGCUUGUAAGAGAUUCAUUUGCUGCAGCUGGAAUAUGGACAAAUUUAUUUGGUUUUAAUGGUUACAUAUAUGUGUAAGUGGAUGUACAUGUACUUAAACUUGCUUUUGUAAAUAUGUAUAAAUGCUGGUUGUGGUGAAAGUAGUCUGGUUUUGUCAGGAUUUCUGCAUAAGCAGUAAAUAAGCUUUCUAUUUUAUUCAUAAUCUUAAUUUGUGUGUAUAUAUAUAUAUAUGUAUAUGUGUAUACAUA